AUGGCGAACGAAGAAUAUCUUACUGAUUCAAGUUCAGAUUUUACAGAAUACUGGAUAGAUUUAUUUUUAGGAAUCAAAGGGAACGAGUACUUCUGUGAUAUUGACGAUGAGUAUAUCCGUGAUAGAUUUAAUUUGACUGGACUCAAUCAAGAAGUAAGCAAAUUACCAACUUUGAUCGAUAUUAUAACAGAUGUGGUUGAUAUAGAACUGCAACCAGAAGAACACAGAGAUGCUUUGGAACACAACGCAAGAAUUUUGUACGGUCUAAUCCAUGCAAGGUAUAUUUUGACGUCCAGAGGCCUAAACAAAAUGUUUGAAAAAUACAGAAAUGGCGAUUUUGGAUAUUGCCCUAGGGUUCAUUGUCAGUUGCAUCCAUUACUUCCUAUUGGCUUACAUGAUCAGCCCAGGCUAGCAUCAGUUAAGCUAUAUUGUGCGAAAUGUGAAGACAUAUAUAAUCCUAAGUCAGGAAGGCAUGCAGUUGUCGACGGAGCAUAUUUUGGGACUUCUUUUCCUGCCAUGUUUUUUCAGAAUUUCCCACAGAUAGUCCCAAUACAUUCUAAAGAAACUUAUGUGCCAAGGGUAUUUGGCUUUAAACUUCAUGAAUAUUCGAAGCUAACUAGGUGGCGGGAUAUGCAGAGAAUGAAACUUGAAAAGAGGUUGAUCAAAAGUGGAAUAGACAUAGAUAAUGUGGUUGGGGGAUUUAUGACAAAAGCGAAACCUAAUAACACGUCAAGUAUUGAUGACAAGGAGAGAUCACAACCUGCCAUUGCAAUUAAGCAGUAG